CUCUGCUCUGAAAUCCUAACAGAUGUUAGAUUUGGGAAAUUUGGGCGACUGAAGUCUGGAACCUUUCUGUGAUAGGAAUUAAGAGGAGAAAAAACAUGAUUAGACUGUUCAAGGUGAAGGAGCAACAAAAAGAAGCUGCCGGUUCUGAUGGUAAGCCUUCAGUGAAGAAGCAAAGUGCUGGGGAAUUACGACUCCACAAAGAUAUCAGUGAACUAAACCUUCCAAAGGCAUGCAAAAUGUCAUUUCCUAACGGGAAGGAUGAUCUGAUGAAUUUUGAAGUCACAGUUAAGCCUGAUGAAGGAUACUACAAAAGUGGGAAAUUUACAUUUACUUUCCAAAUAUCUGCAAUAUAUCCUCAUGAAGCACCGAAGGUCAAAUGCAGGACAAAGGUUUACCACCCGAAUAUCGACUUGGAAGGAAACGUAUGCCUUAACAUUCUUCGGGAAGACUGGAAACCUGUUCUCAACAUAAACACCAUCAUCUAUGGCCUGUAUCAUCUGUUCACCGAACCAAACCACGAGGAUCCCCUCAAUGCUGAUGCUGCUGCAGUUCUGAGGGAUAACCCGAAGUUAUUCGAGACCAAUGUAAGAAAGGCAAUGACUGGCGGUUAUGUGGGAAAUACUCACUUUAGCAAAUGCUUGUAGAAAUAUUUUGCUGCAUAGGGUUUAGCUAAGAUAGUUUGGGGAAGUUGUAGCUGGAAGACAUUAUAUACCAUUUAAUGGAGAAUGAAUAUCAGUGUCACAAAAAUUUACAGUUGUAGUUCUUGUCUCUUUCCUUUUCAGUUCAUUGUCUUACCUGCAGUAGUUGUUUGUCUAUGUCUCUUUUUGUUUAAGUCAGUCUUAUCCCUGCUGGUCCCCUAGUACUACUGCUAAUGUUAAGGACCUGUUAAGGGCACUGCAGUCUUUUGUUAGUCUUUUGUUGGGUUGUUACUGGAGUCAUUAAAAGGGUUGUAGUAUUGCCGUUAUGAGGCAGACUGAGUGCAC